UUGGUUUUGUCAUGGCACGGCUCAUAUCAUAUUUACCCAGUAUUUUUGACUUUGAAUUGCAAUCCAAGACCAUAAUUACUUAUUUAUAUAAAAUUUAACAUAAUCUUUUUGUUUGAUUUGUUUAGAUAUUGAUAGAGUAUCAGGAUGGCACAUCAACUUCAGUUAGAGAAGGAAAAAUACAGACAGUGGGUAAAGGCUGGUUUAGGACUUGGAUAUUUAAAGGAGGGACUGGCACCAUUCUGUAAUGACAUAGCUGACCUACAACAUAAGGAUAUUUUACAAAACAUUCGGUCUACAAAGUCACUACCAUCAACUGUGACAUGUGGGGGCUGUCAAGUUGAAACUCUCAAGCCAGACCAUAAGCCAGUACCUGGGAAUGCUGGAAACAAAGUCUGUCCCCUUGGGCAAGUAAAAUGCAGCUGUUGCUUUAAGGGAAAAAUUGCUUGUCCGAACAACAUAUGUGGCGCCAUCUAUGAUUUUAUUGUGCAGCAUCAUGCCUCCACGCCACCUGCACCUAACUGGAAAAACAGCGAUGCUCUACAGUGGGUGACAGAUCCUUGGAGCAUUUGUAAGUGUUUUAUAAAUGCUCCAGGGUACGAGCAGAAACAAUCUGCUGGUGAAACUGAUUGUACUGGGUUGUUACAUCUAAUGAUAAAUAACCAGUAUUUUCAUAGCCACAUUGGAUGUGAUGUCACAGUAACAAACAAUAUUUUUACAAAGGUUCGUCACUAUAGAAAUGCUAUCUUUCACUCAAGCAGCAUGGAAUUAGAAGAAAGUGAGGCAAAUACUUACUUAGAUGAUAUGAUAGCAGUUUUACAAGAUGGUAAAGAGCUAUUACACCGAUCAGAUGCCCAGAUAGCAGUGAAGAAACUUCAAGAUCUGAAGAAGAAGGACUACAUUAUUACAACUGAAGGUUUUGAAGAUAUUCUGGGGCAAAUCAAGGAAGAAAUGUCAAAAGUUUUGAAAUCAACGGAAAAUGCUGCUACUAAAGACGAAUAUGAGGACCUGAAAAAUAAACUCUCAGAGGGAAAAGUUGAGACUGAAAAACUUGAAAACAAACUUGCAGAUCUAAAGAAACAGAUUUCUGAAGAAAAGAAAGGACAACUAGAGGCUGAGAAAGAACAUGCAGAUUUAAAAAAGAAAUUUACUAUUCUUGAGACAAUAAUGGAAGAGCAAAAAGAGGUAAAAUGUUUUAGCUAUUGUUUGUUUCCACUUAAGAUACCAGUUCACGUAUUGCAUUCAGCAAUGGUUUUAAGAUAACUAAUGUUUGUAUAAACCAGUAUUAUUUGCUUGUCAAGGCACACAAUGAGGUUAGCAAGCUUUGUUUUUUCAUGAUGCAUAUUGUCAUCCACUUUUUAUCUCACGUGAACACAAAGUACUCAAGGUUGAUCUUUUGUGAUCACUCUGCGUCCGGCAUGCAUCCUUCAAAAAAUGGCGUUUAACUCUUAACAUCUUUUAUACCAAUUGGCUGAUAUUUUAAAUCUAAGCAGUAAUAUUUCUAGCAUGAAGCCCU